GUUCGUCGCCGCUAGAAAACCCCAAACCAGGCCUGCCCGUCCCCUCCUAAAACCCUAGCACUGCCUCCGUCCGCCCCAAACGCGCCAGCCAUGGCAACCAACGCCGCCGCCGCUUCCCUCGACGAAGCCAAGGCUAAACUUGUCCUUCGCCAGGUGGAGUUCUACUUCAGCGACAGCAACCUUCCCCGCGACGGAUUCCUGCGGAAGACCGUCGAGGAGAGCGAGGAUGGAUUGGUGAGCUUGGCUCUCAUCUGCUCCUUCGCAAAGAUGAGGUCGCACCUUGGCCUAGAUGCGACCGUGAAGGAGGACAGCGUGCCUGAGAACACCGUGCUUGCGGUCGCCAAGGUGUUGCGGUGUUCCUCGGCUCUCCGUGUAUCCGAGGACGGGAAAAAAGUUGGUAGAGCUAAUGAGUUGUUGAAGCCAGAUGAGAUUAUAGAGCAAGUCGACUCUAGGUCAGUUGCUGCAUCACCACUUCCUUACAAUGUAAAGCUGGAGGAUGUCCAAUCUUUCUUUGCUCAGUAUGGCAAGGUGAACAGUGUUAGGCUACCAAAGCAUGUUGCUGACAAAAGGCACUUCUGUGGCACGGCAUUAGUUGAAUUUUCGGAAGAAGAGGAAGCAAACGGUGUUAUGAAGAACAAUCUUAUUUUUGCAGGAGCGGACCUGGAAAUAAAACCAAAGAAGGAAUUUGAUGCUGAAAGAGAAGCAAAGAAAGAAGCUUAUGAAAAGUCACACCCUAAUAAGAACGGUCAUGAUGAAGGAUAUCCAAAAGGUCUAAUUCUCGCUUUCAAGCUGAAGAAAAUUCUAGCUGAAAACGAUACAGAACAAAAUGGCGGGGACAAAGUUGAUGAGGCCGACGUUGCCAAGAAGGAAGGAGCUUCCAGUCCUGCAGAGGAAUCAGAGAUAGAUCAUAAAGAGACGAUCCCUGAGAACACUGAUGUCAGGGAAGAGCAGCCAGAUGAUCUUGAGGAGUUGAAAGCGGCGGAUGCAAAAUCUGAUACCAAGGAUGGUAAUAACCCUUCAGCAAAUGACAAGGAGCCAGUUUUAAGGGAGGACUUUAAAGAACAUUUUGCAAAAUUUGGCACAGUGCGGUAUGUGGACUUCAGUAAGGGCGAUGAUUCAGGAUACAUCAGGUUUGAGGAUUCUAAGGCAGCUGAAAAGGCCCGUGCCUUUGCAGCUCUUUCGGAUGAAGGUGGUUUGAUUAUGAAGGGCCACAUCGUUACUUUGGAACCUGUGACCGGUCAAGCUGAGAAGGAUUAUUGGAGUGAAAUAAAGGGCGGACAAGGGAAAUAUAAAGACAAUAGAAGUAACAGGGGGAGGGACUGGAAGAACAACAGAGGAGGUGGAAGGCACUUCGCGAAGCGCGGUCGCCACUCCGACUCGCAUGAAAGGACUUCUAAUAAAGCUCAAAAGGUUGACGCUUCCGCAUAGAGCUUGAUCUUACUAUACCCCUUAGCCCUUAGCUCCAGUGAGGAAAGAAAAAGACAUAUGAUAUGUCUCUGGUGCCUGCUGCCUACACGGCUUUGGAAACGGCCCUGCUGUGUUAGCUUUAUGUUUGUUUGAUCUUUUUAAAGUUGGAAUGAUUUAACUGUGAGCCAUAUUGACAAUGAGCGUAAAAGAAAGAAAAAAAUUGUGCGGCCAAAGCUUGAAUUGUGAACCAGCUUUCAGCCUGCAAUUGUAGCAGGAAAGGCUGCUAUCAUACCAGUCCUGACUGCUGCAUCUGAAACAGAGUAGUGCAGUGGCCGGAAUUAUACUGAAUCUUGGCUGCUGCUCUCAACGGAGAGUAUUCAGUAGAAACGGCGGCAUCCCGCAUCCAGGAUCAUGUUCUUUGUUUCUGAAAA